AUGGACCUUGGAGGUACCAUUCCUCCGCAGAUUGGAAAUCUUUCGUUCUUGGUUAGUCUAAGCAUAGGCAACAACAGUUUUCAUGGUUCAUUGCCAAAUGAGUUGUCCCGUCUUUUUCGGUUGCAAUUCCUAGACUUGAGUUAUAAUGAAUUCAGCGGAGAAAUCCCACCAUGGAUGGGUUUGCUAAACAAACUUCAAAUAUUGUUUCUCAAUGGUAACAAUUUCGAAGGUAGUAUUCCACAAUCUCUAUCUAACAUAUCGUCAUUGCAGCAGAUUGAUCUUGCAUAUAACCAGCUUUCAGGCUCCAUACCGUCCUCUAUAUUCAAGAUGCCUACUUUGCAACAAAUUGUCCUCUACUCAAAUAAGCUUUCAGGUCCAAUGCCGGCCUCCAUUUUCUUCAAUGCGUCUUCACUACAAUACAUUAACCUCGGUAAUAACGAGUUAUCUGGUGGACUAUCGACGUAUAUGUUUGAUCAUCUUCCCAACUUACAAUUUCUUUCCGUCGCCCAUAACCAUUUCUCUGGCGUACUCCCAGAAAUAGGGAACUUAACCAUGCUUACAGCGUUGUUCCUUUAUCAUAACAACUUUGAAGGUGCAAUACCGAGUCAAAUUGGAAGACUGCAAAAACUAGAGCAAUUCGCAAUUUACUCGAACUAUUUUUCUGGACCAAUUCUGUAUGAGAUCUUCAAUAUCUCAACUUUACGAAAUAUUAAGAUGGCAUUCAAUAAUCUCUCAGGUGACCUUCCAUCAAAUAUGGGUCUUUUUCUUCAUAAUCUCCAGGUCCUUGCUCUUCAUGGGAAUGAACUGAGUGGAACGAUUCCCAACUCUAUUCUCAAUGCUUCACAGCUCAUCAUAUUAGAUUUGGGUGAUAACUCAUUCUCAAGCUCAAUUCCAAAAGCAAUUGGUAAUUUAAGGUUCCUCGAGGCGCUGAUCCUCGGAGAUAAUAAGUUGACAAUUCAGUCUCGAGAACUUGGGAGCAUUUUCUCUUCUUUGUCGAGUUGCAAAUUUCUCAGACUUUUUUCUUUGGCCAAAAGUCACUUGAAUGACGUCCUUCCCAAUUCAAUUGGGAACCUCUCAACCUCUCUUCAAAGACUUGGAUUACAUGACUGCAAUAUUAAGGGCAACAUUCCAGAAGAGAUUGGCAAUUUAAGUAGCUUGAUUGAUUUGACCCUAAACCACAAUGAACUGGGAGGACCUAUUCCAACUACAAUUGGAUGA